UGGAGCGGUGAUUGGCCGAACUACCUGGAGCGGUGAUUGGCCGGACCACCGGGCGCUGUGAUUGGUUAAAAGGUCAGCUGUCAUGGCGCCUUGCGGCCUACAGCUUUUGCUCCUCAUCGUCACCGCGGCCUCGGCUGAGAUUCGCUUCCCGACUCUGGCGCACCUGCGGCCGGCCGCGAGCGACGAGGAGCAGACGGAGGCGGUGCAGGAGCUGUGCCGUCGGCUGCUUGGAUCCCGAGCCGGUGAUUUCGUGCUGACGGUAAAGAAGCCGCGGGCCGAGGCCGAGACGUUCGAGUUGCGUUCGCUGCCCGACGGGCGGGUGUCGGUGCUGGGCAGCAGCGGUGUGGCGGCGGCCAGCGGCCUCUAUUCGUACCUGCGCGACUUCUGCGGCUGCCAUGUGUCGUGGUCCGGGCGGCAGCUCGACCUCCCGACGCCGCUGCCUCGUCUGCCCGGGCCCCUGUGGGUCACGGCGCCCAACAGGUUCCGUUAUUAUCAGAAUGUUUGUGUAUACAGCUAUUCAUUUGUUUGGUGGAAUUGGGAGCGAUGGGAGAAAGAGAUUGACUGGAUGGCAUUAAGUGGCAUUAAUCUAGCCUUGGCAUUUACUGGUCAAGAAGCCAUAUGGCAACGGGUAUACCUUUCACUUGGACUCACUCAGGCAGAAAUUGACAGCUUUUUUGUUGGGCCGGCAUAUCUUGCGUGGGAGCGUAUGGGCAAUAUGCACAGCUGGGCAGGGCCAUUGUCAUAUUCCUGGAAUACAAAUCAGUUGAAUCUUCAGCACCAGAUUCUUCAACGGAUGAGAUCUUUGGGCAUGUUGCCAGUCCUCCCUGCCUUUGCUGGAUUUGUACCUGCUGCCUUCAAUAGAUUGUUUCCUAAAGAAAACGUCACGAGGCUCAGCAGCUGGGGGCACUUGAACUGUUCUUAUUCUUGCUCGUAUUUGCUGGACUCUGAGUCGCCCUUCUUUCAACAAAUAGGCAAGAUGUUUCAGUUGGAGCUAAUUCAGGAGUUUGGCACUGACCAUGUUUACAGUGCAGAUACAUUCAAUGAAAUGACGCCAAGGUCAUCAGAUCCUAAAUAUUUAUCUUCAAUCAGCAAUGCAGUCUUCAAGUCAAUGACACAAGUGGACCGUUCGGCAAUUUGGCUGAUGCAAGGAUGGCUUUUUCAGUCUUCAUUUUGGCGGCCAGCCCAGGUGAAGGCCUUGUUGCAUGGAGUACCUUUGGGGAGAAUGAUUAUUCUGGAUUUAUUUGCUGACAGUAGACCAGCAUAUUUAUUCACAGAAUCCUUCUAUGGACAACCUUUCAUAUGGUGCAUGUUGCAUAAUUUUGGUGGCAACACUGGAAUGUAUGGAACGGUGGAAACUAUCAACAGAGGUCCUUUUGAAGCAAGGGCUUUUCCGAAUUCCACCAUGGUGGGUACUGGAAUAACACCAGAAGGAAUUGAACAAAAUGAUGUUGUAUAUGAGCUAAUGAAUGAGAUUGGCUGGUGCAAAGAGCCCUUAAACCUCUCAAAGUGGGUUACGUCAUAUGCACAAAGACGGUAUGGAAAGAAAAAUGAUGGUGCAGUAACAGCCUGGUUGCUGUUGUUUCAAAGUGUCUACAACAAUACUUUCUAUCGGCAGGACCACAACAAAAGUCCAUUAGUUCACAGGCCCUCUUUAAAAUUGGACACUUCUUUAUGGUACAACAAGAGUCAUCUUUAUGAAGCAUGGAAGCAUAUGCAAAUGGCUGCUUCUGAGCUAUACUCCAGUGAAACCUUCAGAUAUGACCUUGUUGACGUGACAAGACAGUCAGUUCAACUUCUAACAUCAGAAUUUUAUGAAGACCUUAAGCUUGCAUUUUUUAAACAUUCCCUUGUGGGGUUGCAGACUUUGGGAAAUGCCUUAAUUCAUAACCUACUACCUGAUCUUGAUGACCUCUUGUCCAGUGACAAGCACUUUCUAUUGGGCCAUUGGUUAGAAACAGCUAGAUCCUUAGCAGCAACUGAAAAAGAUGCAAACCUGUAUGAAUUUAAUGCUCGUAAUCAAAUUACUCUUUGGGGACCAAAUGGAAAUCUUUUGGAUUAUGCCAACAAGCAGUGGGGUGGUUUGAUUAAUGAUUAUUAUGCCCCACGGUGGGAACUCUUUGUGUCAACACUGGUCAUCUGUCUUGAAAUGAGAGUUCCAUUCAAUCAAGCCCAUUUCAACCAAAUUUCCUAUAAAGUAGAGCAAAACUUUACCAUAAACAAAGUGAAGUAUCCAGAUAAACCAUUGGGAAAUACCAUUGAGAUAGCAAAAAAAAUGUUCUUGAAAUAUUAUCCCCAAGCAAUGAAAAUAAUUAAUUAAUCACAAACCCAAUUGUGAGCAUAAAUGUUUAGUAUGGGUGAACUUAAAUGGAAUUAUAUUUUUUGCUUAGCUGCAAUGUGCCUUCAUCAUAUACUGGUUAUUCCUAUAACUACAGGAUGUGCAGUGUAACCUCCAUAUACUGUUAGAUGUCAGCAGUCAAAUUUAACAGCCAUGGUGUACACAAUAUGCAUUAUAAGUGAAAUUAACACAACAAUUUUGGAAUCAGCACCCCAGUUCAUUUCCAUAACAUGGCUCUAGAUAUCAACAUGUGCACGCGGUCUGUUUCUUUUUCUUUCUCUCUCACCCCACUCCUUGUCCCGCACUUUCCCUCUCUCCCCCUCCUGCGUGCACUCUCCCAAUCACCACAUUUCCGGGCCUUUUCCAGAAUCAAUUGGUCCCUCCAGAAUGCUGCUAUUGUCGGAAUAAUUUUCUCGUAAACACCAAUUCAUUCCACAUGGCUGGAUUGUUGCUGCCUACCUGUAACCUUGGAAUAAAUGAGGCACAGUUUAGCACAAGGGACAUGAUGAGAAUAUUGGAACCAUAAAAUCUCAUGUAACUAUACAGAACAUAGGGCAGAUACAAACACCUACUCUCACUGGAGGAUAGGUCCCUUGCAGAUCGAUUGGGUACAUUUUCUCUCACUGGCACUCACUAGGUGAUGGUUAUGCACGCAUAGAUGCACUGGGAUAGGGAUCCUAAAUGUUUACCUGUUUGUAUAAUCUAUUUGCCUUAAUCUGCUCAACUAAUCCAUUAAUUUGUCUUUGUAAAUCUAAAACAGUGUAAAGAUUUGAGAACAUUUAGGAUACAGUUGUUGCCUUCUAAAUUGUAGGUUUAAUAAGUUAGGUCUUUAUUCUCUGGAGCGCAGAAGGUUAAGGGGGGACCUGAUAGAGGUCUUUAAAAUGAUGAGAGGGAUAGACAGAGUUGAUGUGGACAAGCUUUUCCCUUUGAGAAUAGGGAAGAUUCAAACAAGAGGACAUGACUUCAGAAUUAAGGGACAGAAGUUUAGGGGUAAUAUGAGGGGGAACUUCUUUACGCAGAGAGUGGUGGCGGUGUGGAAUGAGCUCCCAGUGGAAGUGGUGGAGGCAGGUUCAUUGGUAUAAUUUAAAAAUAAAUUGGAUAGGCAUAUGGAUGAGAAGGGAAUGGAGGGUUAUGGUACGAGUGCAGGCAGGUGGGACUAAGGGGAAAAAAAAAAUUGUUCGGCAUGGACUUGUAGGGCCGAGAUGGCCUGUUUCCGUGCUGUAAUUGUUAUAUGGUUAUAUAUGUUAUAUGGUUAAAUUUACAAUUAAAUAAAACAUCAAUCUUGGGAGACAAGAUCAUACCCGCUUCCAAUCUUUGGAUUUGUUGUUACGCUUGCACUUUCUUUAUCAGCACUUUCUUUGUGGCUGUAAGACUAUAUUCAGUAUUUUAUUUCCUAUGUCUUUUUGCACUAGCUGUGACACACUGGAGUGGCAUACCAGGCACUCAUGUCUUGUAUGAUCUGUCUGGAUAGUACGUAAAACAACGUUUUUCACUCUCUCAAUACGUGACAAUAACAGAUCAAUGCUAACAUUAAUUUUGCAAUACAUCUGUAAACACCAUAGAUGGAGAUUGCACUGUACUUAAAAUUAAAAAUAUAUUGAUCAGCUGAUGUCACAACCAUCAACUAAAACAUAAGAAUUAAACUUUUCUGUUUUUGAUGAACUUGUGUCAACCAUUUAGGAAAACUUGCGAUAUUUUGUGGUUUUGAUAAGACAUACUGCAUGAUUGAAAAUCUCUAAUAGGUGUCUGGUAUAUGGAGUCUAUAAUUCAUUAACAAAGAAGGGAAGAGAUUGAACUUUUUUCACCUUCCAUCAUAGUGAUGAAUGUGGAGGAGUCACUGUGGUGUUUUGGUGCUUUUUAUUGGUGUGACUGUAUGGCAAAUUAAAUUCCUCGUAUGUUGCAAAACAUACUUGGCUAAUAAAGUAUGAUUAUGAUGAUGA